AUGAGUACCAAAUUGCUCUCAGUCGGUGAUGGACAGAUGGAGAAGAAAAGUCACCAUACUGAGCGAGCUGUCAUUACCCAGGAGAUGAUUGAUGACUUUCCUGUAAAUUACAAAGGACUGUACACAUUGAAGUAUAAAAAGAAGAAAGAACAAAAAGGAUCGACUAUAGAGGAUAUUGAAAAGAAGUUUGCCGACUAUGGUAAAGUUACAGAGGUUGACGGAGAUGACUGGUGGAUCUAUGUACGGUUUUCAGUGAAGGAUCAUGCUGUUGCAGUACUCAAGGCAUUUGGAGAAGAGCUCAGUCUUAAGAUUGUAUAUGAUCGCCAUCAUUACAAGGAUGGACAACAUCAAAGACUUGUGGAAGUUUACAUAGGAAAUCUUCCUCCUAUUGUGAAAGAGGGUAAGAAUAUCAAUGCCAGAUACACAUGGCGGUUUGUGUUUCCCUGGAGGCUGGGAAACUGA